AUGAAAUGCUUAUCAACCAAACGACAUAAAUGUAAUACACAUUACAGGGCCACACCAACCACGAGUGUGACAUUCAUCUCUACCACAUUUCCAACCACAACUACACGAACGACCACCGUCAGUGAAAUUACCUCAACUGCUGCAAUUACGUCCACAACGUCCACGUCCACGACGUCCACGUCCACGACGUCUUCGUCUCCUGCAAUGGGCGCGACUACCACCAGCCAUAGCACUACUUUGACAACUUCUUCUGAAGAUUCCACUAUCGCCACAGAGUCUUUGGAAGAAGGUGGAACUUCAACUUUCGUAAGCUUGAGGGUGAGCUUCAGAUGUCACCUCUAA